CAGAAACUCUACAACUGCAAAGGGGACACAAGAUAUGGCUGAAUACCAGCGUUGUCUUGAUUUAAAGCCCGUGUCGGUGUAGUCGUUUAUCGGACAUUUGUCGGUCAACCGUCACAGCAACUCAAGUAACGAAAAAGCAACGCAAACCAGUCACAAAGAGACUUUGAGGGGGGCGUUUCGCAGCCCUUCUGAACCGGGAUGAGCUCCAACUGUGAGGAGUGAUCAGUGUCAGAAAGCCUCAGUGUGUGUGUGUGUAUACACUGUGGGGUAGCAACAGUAGGAUGAGCUGCCCCAGAGCCAUCGCAGCCUGCGGGGACUGACAAACGCCACUACAAAUACAGCAGUCGAUGCAGUCUUCCAGAGGCUCUCCCUCCCUGUGGCUGAGAAACCAGCAGCAGCAGCAGCAGCAGCAGCAGCAGCAGCAUGUCCCGCGUCUCCUCCACCGCCAAGCGCUACGCUGGCCCCUCCUACACCAGCCACUACAGCUCCUACAGCUCCUCCCUGACACCGGGCCUUAGCUCCUACAGCGAGCGGGACAGGCUGUCCUCCUACAAGUCCCCCACCUCCUCCUCCUCCACCUCAUCCUCAGGUUACUCCUCCUCCAGCUAUCUCAGCAGCUCCGCAGCCCGCAGCCGCAACUACAGCACCUCCUCAGACCCUGACCGCGACCGGGGUCGAACCAUCCCGCGCACCGACAUCCUCGGGAGCAGCAUCAGCAGCCGCCGGAGCGAGAGCCUCAGCAGAACUCCCGCCAAGAGCUAUGGAGGGUCAGGACUGAGCGGGGGAUCGGCCUACACCGGCUACAGCUCCUACUCUUCGUCCUCGGCCCAGUCCAGCUACCUCUCCUCUUCACCGGUGGCCUCCAGCAUCUCGCUCAACCGACGAAAAUCUGUAUCCCAGAGUGACUUGAGCAGGGACCUGGCCUCUCUGGGCCUCAAUGAUGCCUCCUCCUCCUCAUCCUCCAGCCCGUCUUCUUCCACCAGUGCCCUGCGGAGCUACCGCAGUCGAACCAGCGAUGUGGCCAACUCGUAUGGCACAAGCUCCCGCCUGGGCUGCUCAGGCCUGUCGCGGAGCUCUACUCAGGAGGCCCUCUCGCGGAGCUCCACCCAGGAGGCCUUCAGCAGCAGCAGCAGCAGAGCAUUCAGCUCUUCGACAUGGGAGACGAGCAGUAACGGCCUGUCCGACUCCCCCACCAGGGACUCCACGAAUUCAAAGAGUGCCCAAGGCCUGGUGGGACUAAAGAACCUAGGAAACACAUGUUUCAUGAACAGUAUCCUGCAGUGUCUCAGCAACACACACAGCCUGCGAGACUACUGCCUGCACAACUCGCACCGCAGAGACCUUAACAACAACAGCCGCACCAACACAGCCCUCAUGGAAGAAUUUGCCAAGCUGAUACAGACCAUGUGGACGUCAUCCAGCAGUGAGGCGGUCAGCCCGUCCGAAUUCAAAACUCAGAUCCAGAGAUACGCUCCCAGAUUCGUGGGAUACAACCAACAGGAUGCUCAGGAGUUCCUGCGUUUCCUCCUGGACGGCCUGCACAACGAGGUCAACAGGGUCACCGUCAGGCCGAGGGGCACCGUGGAGGACUUCGACCACCUGCCGUAAGUAAUCGCCUGCUAG